AUGGUUCUGGAUCGCUGGGUCACCAUGAGCCCGGAGGACGAGGUCGUGACCUUGCAUCAGUUUCUACGUUUUGGGGAAACCAAAUCCAUCGUGGAGCUCAUGGCCGAGGAGCAGCAGAUCCGCCCAGAAACCCAUCGCAACCCCGCGUUCAAGCUGAGACAUAAACCGCCCUCCAGAACACACCACUUUGAGAAUCUGCCAGGAGGAAGUCUAGCGUUCCUGCAGCCUUUUCACUACGUCAGUGCAUCCGUGUUUCCACCCUCGCCGGCUGUGGAAUGUCAUCCUUCGACACAAAAACUACAGCGGCUCAGCAAACGGAACAACGGCACAGAUGAAAUGAGAACCAGAAACAAAAGAGAUGGCGCACCUGAAAGGCCGUUGCAGAUACGAAGUUCCACGCAGUCACCGAAACGCCUGCGAAACGAAGAACGUCAAGUGGGAGUCGACGGGCCGAUCGCAGACUCUUCGGGAACCGGGGAACGGUGCAACGGUUCGUCCUCGAGCAAAGCUCGUGUGAGCUGCAGUGUGUGCGCCAAGACGUUUUACGAUAAAGGAACGCUGAAGAUCCACUUCAACGCCGUGCACUUGAAGAUCAAACACCGCUGUACUGUCGAAGGCUGCAACAUGAUGUUCAGCUCACUGCGCAGCCGCAACCGACACAGCGCUAAUCCCAACCCGCUACUGCACGCCGCGGUCGAACACGCGACACGCAGAUUCCUCACUCAACCGCGUCGACCGGUCUUGACCUUGCGCGAAACUACCUCGCCGGUUUCCAUGGCAACCACCAACACUGCAUUGACUGACCAUCAGAUUCCAGUUAUCCGUGAAGGAGGAGGGGGAGGAGCUACAGGCAAUCGUACGGCCAAUCAGAAUGGCCUUAGUGAUGUGAUUGACGUGACGCCGAAAAAGAAGUCGCGGAAGUCCAGUACGCCUUUGAAGCUUAAACAAGAAACUCGCAGUGAGGAACACGAUCACUUAUCACCAGGACAACCGGUCAACAGUCUCCAUGGCAACCAGUCCCCAAUGACCAACACACACACGCAGUACAUCUACAAACAACUUUGGAAGACACCGUACGGUUACCAUAGCAACAGCCACUUGCAUAACCAAUGGAAAGGCAGGUGUCAACCUCUACUAAAGGUCAAAGAGGAGCCUUGUGACCCCACCUGUGACUGUAGAGGUCGUCACCAUAGCAACCUGUGA